UUCGUCUUGGGACCCGACCGUUGUGAACCUGCACGCACUUAUUACUUUGACAACAUAAGCCAGAUAUCGAACAACACCGACGAAACCCGACAUCAUGGCUGCGCUCGCAAGCAAGCAGCAAUCACAGAAGAUUUUUGAGAAGCUCAAGACCAAACAGGCAAACAAAAUAUGCUUUGACUGCGGACAGAAGAACCCGACGUGGACGUCCGUCCCGUUCGGAAUCUAUCUUUGUCUCGACUGCUCCUCGAACCAUCGCAAUCUCGGAGUGCACAUUUCCUUUGUGCGCUCCACCAACCUCGAUCAAUGGCAAUGGGACCAAUUGCGCGUCAUGAAAGUGGGUGGCAAUGAAUCAGCCACCAAAUUUUUCCAGCAGAACGGAGGAUCUGCCGCCUUGAACAGCAAGGACCCCAAGACCAAGUAUCACUCGGCCGUUGCGACCAAGUACAAGGAGGAGCUGAAGAAGAGAGCGGCGCGGGACGCCAAGGAAUACCCCGAGGAAGUUGUCAUCACUGACGGCACCGAUGCAGGAGACGGCACAAACACUCCAGCUGGGGAGCCGGAUGACGAUUUCUUCUCCUCAUGGGACAAGCCUGCGAUCAAGAAGCCCACGCCCCCGGUCUCACGAACUGCGACUCCCCCAGUAGUCGGAAGGACGCCAUCCCCCUUCCUCACUGCCGGUGGCGCCAACGGCAAGGACAUCGCCCGUACUCCCUCGCCGCUCGCCAAAUCUGCCGACUCCGCCGUCAAGCCUGCCGCCAGCCGUAUCACGCACUCGUCUGCUCUCAAGAAAACGACGGGCGCAGGCCCCAAGAAGGCGAAUGUGCUCGGAGCAAAGAAGACUACCAAGUUGGGGGUGAAAAAGGUCAACGCCGAAGUUAUUGACUUUGAUGAAGCCGAGAAAAAGGCCAAGGAGGAGGCCGAAAGGAUUGAGAAGCUAGGCUACGACCCAGAUGACAUAGAUACCACUGCUGCUAAGAAGGUCGGCGGUGUUAAGGCCGAGUCGAGUGGCGCUGGAAUCCUGGCGCCUACACCCGUCAGCCCAGCACGUGGUGGAUACGGCGCUUCGGGCCACAGCCGGGAGAAGUCCGCAUCUGAGAUGGAGAGGCUCGGCAUGGGCAUGGGCAGGCUAGGAUUCGGUCAAGUUGGUGGUAACAAGCCCGCCGCGGCAGCCCAGCCAAAGAAGGGCGGUGGCUUCGGAUCGGUUGGCCCUAUCAAGGCGACUCCGGAAGCCGACGAGGAGAAGUAUGCGCGAAGCAAAUUCGGUGCGCAGAAGGCCAUAUCCUCGGACGAAUUCUUUGGCAAGGGCUCCUACGACCCCAACGCCCAAGCCGAGGCUAAGACAAGGCUGCAAGGCUUUGAGGGUGCCUCGGCCAUCUCGUCCAACGCCUACUUCGGCCGGCCCGAGGAGGAAGAGGUCGAGGAAUAUGGAGACUUGGAGACCGCUGCUAAGGACUUCAUUCGAAAGUUUGGCCUUACGAGAGGUGACGAUCUCGAGAACCUCACUGCAGUACUUGGAGACGGCGCAACGAAGCUGCAGGGUGCUAUUCGCAGCUAUCUCGGCAGCUAGAUGCCUCGUUUGUUAACGUUACAAAUUCAGUCAAACUGAUUUGAUAUCGGGUUUUAGAUUGUGACAACCCGAACGGUUUCGUCGCAUUUCAAUGGUGCUGGCGGAUGCCAUCGAGCACAGUUUUUACUAAAACAGUGUUUGGCGGUAGGGCGGCUGCGAUUCACUUUAGCAAAGGGGUAGAGCGGUAAGACGACUGGGCAACAUCAAAAUUUCAGACACUUAAUACAGAGCUCUUUUUUCAUUUUAGUACAUAUGAAACGGCUGUUUUCUUUAUUCCCGCGUCAAAUAGGUCGUAGCCUAGCUGUUAGUCGUGAACCAUACGGGGUGGUGCAAGCCGUGGUAGCGCUGGAGAACGAGUCGAACAAGGAAACUGAAACUUGAUUAUGGUGCAUCCAGGUAAUCUUCAAGUAGAAAUGUCUGAAUGUAGCACAUGACCACGACGCCAUCACUAUUAUCUACUUGA